UCAAACAUUAAAACAAAGCAAUUGCUUUUUCAUGCAAACGUUUCUAGUUUGCUAGCUAUACAUGUUAAAGCAUUUUAAGCAGCUAACUAAAGGCCGGAUGCUCGCGAGCUUGCUUGUAGCUCGCGGCCUCAAAGGCAGUAACGUUAGCCAAGAUGAGCUGAAACUUGAGUGAUUCCCGUGGGAAAACUGGACCAAACAACCUUUAGGCUAAUUACGUUCCGGGAUUUUAUUUAAGAAUGUUUUAGGGUUUAUGUUAGAAUAACAACUACAGCGAUCCAUUCGUAACGUUAUGUUGCUUGUUGAACAUACCCGAACGAAAAUCUUUGUGAUUACCAGUAGACACCACUCAGUAUCCCAGGAUGGACUCAGAGAUUUUGAACAUUGAGGACAUAGUGAUGGGACGGGCAUUGCCAGACGCACCUCCGGAGGCUCCCCCUGAACAGCCAGCAGAACCAUACAAGCCCAUCACUUUGAAUGGACCUCCUGCACCUGCUGUUCAAUCCUACCAGCAUGAAAAUCUGCAGUGUUUCCAGUGCUUCAUAACAUUCUGCAGUGCCAAAGCCAAGGAAAGGCACAUGAAGAAGAGCCACCGGGAAGAGUAUAAACAACAGCUUCAGCAGUACAAGAAAACAAGAUGGCUGCUGGCAAAGUUUGUCAGAAAGAACCCAAAUAGCAUGCAAUGUGCAUUCCCUUUUGUGCAAGGAAACACAUUGUUCACGUGUUAUGUAUGCGACCGCACAUUUCUGUCCUCUGAGGAAUUGACACAGCACCAGCCAACACACAGCAAGGAUGAUAAGCCCUUCAAAUGUGUUCACUGCAAGGAGAGCUUUAAAACGUUCUCUGAACUCACAGCCCAUAGAAGACAGGUGUGUCCAGAGAAACAGUUGGUAUGUAAAGACUGCAAUGAAACCUUUCGUAGUGCUGGACUGCUCCGUACUCAUCGCCUGACCCAGCAUCCCCGUCCAGACGCAGAGAUCGCAGAACAGCUGGAGGACCCCACGAAAACCCAUCGUUGUAAGAAGUGUGGUCAGGGCUUUGAAACAGAGUCAGAGCUGGUUUUGCAUCAGGAGAAGUACCCUGAAGGUCAGCAAUGCAAUGGCAACACCUCACCUGUCAAAAAACGUGGACGGCCUUCCAAAAUUGAAGAUCCUGCAGGUGCCGAAAAAAAGGGAAAGCGGAAAAAGAAAGAUGAGGUGGAAGCGUCUGAGGAGGCAGUGAAGGUCAGCAGCACAUCAGAGUCUACAGCAACCCCUGCAGAGGAAAAAGGAAAAGCAGGGGGAGCGAAGCGAGGCCGUCCUUCCAAAGCAGCAGCAAAAUCUGUAAUGGAAGACAAGAAGGCUCCAGAAGAUGACAGUCAGUCUCCAUCAAAGGAGAAGAAACCUAAAGUAGAUGCUGCUGCUGCGCCCCGUCAGCACCCUUGUCCUGAAUGUGACCUCACGUUCCCCGGCUUGAUUCAGCUUCGUGCUCACAAGAAGGAGAAACACACCCCACGGAAAGCUCAUCCCUGCGAUGAAUGUGAAGAGAGCUUUGCCCGUCCUGAGCAGCUGGACGCCCACAUGUCACGAGCUCACGCUGUCGGUCGCUUUGCCUGUCCAACCUGCGGGAAGAGCUUUGGUCGUGAGCGCACCAUGAAAGCGCACCAGAAAAGCCACCCAGAGGAAAAGCCUGAAAACCAGAGUGCAAAGAGAUAAUUUAGCCACAAGGAGUUUGUAGAAAGUGAUUUUUGAAGAUUUUAGUCAGGAAUUGUCUUUUUUUUUCUUUCUUUUUUUUUUAUUUUGGAGAUCUGCUUCUGACGAAGGUUUCAGAAGAGUUUGAAAUGGUUUUCAGCAUAUUUUGGAUUUAAAGAUUAUGAGCUCUUGAACUUUUGUACAGACAUGUCUCCUAAAUUGACUAACCAAAUGUUAAAUCUCUCUAUUACAGCCUUUGUCACAAAACAUAAUUUGUAAAAACAUGAACUGGUUUGAUUAACUUUUAACUGAUUUGAUUCAGUUUUAAGUGUGAAAUACAUGUGGUGUGGAUUUAUUGCUUGGUGUCUCGAGUUUCUCAAAUCACUGUGGUAAAAGAUUUUUUUUUGUUUUGUUCUUUUUUAAUAAGUUGAGAAAGUGCAUAUUUUGCAGCAGAAUUAAGGACUAGUAGGAAAAUGUGUAGACAGUUUGUCAAAAGAAAUGUUAUGUACAGCUUCUGCAUCCUAGUGUGCAUUUUUUACAUUUACUACUUUGAUUAUGUUCCUUUUUAAAUUAAGUCUUCUUGAGGAAUAAUUUUAAAAUGAUUAAGUUCUGCUAAAACGCUCCAGAUUCAUUGUGGGGUGUUUGGCAUGUGGGCAUAAAAACGAUCCACUAUAAUCCUAAUUUGUGUUAUGCUAAAGUGUACUUCUUUAUUUCUUCACUUAUUAGAAUAUUUCAUGUCUUAGCCAUUUCUUACAUGGAACUCAUGGCUCUUGAAUACCUUAGAGUCCCAUAAGGAACUGUGUAUAUCAUGUGUUAUUCGCUGAAUGGACAGUUUCUAUCCCCACUGCAAUGUGUCUGGACGCUGCAAAGGUGUAAUAAAACAUGCUAUCCCAAGGGAGGCUGCCAUUCUCUCUUGUAAUUCAGAAGUACGGCCUGAAAAGCGGAUUUGUAUUUUGUGUAACAAACCCCCAGUUUGGACUCUUAUUAUAUUAGUGCCUCAUUUAAUUGUCCAAUAUCAGGAUUACCCCAUUUCUACAUAGCAACAGUGUAAUUGGAAAAGACUGGAGGAGCACUUUGCUGGGUUGUGUACAAGGACAGCAGCACUUCAGUUAUGUUUGACAUAAUAUUAAGAUGAUAACUGGUUGAACAAUGAGAAGCUGUCAUUACUACAUGGAUGAAUAUCAAACAUUUUGUCCAAGCACUUGGCGUGUCUUUCUGUAUGUAGUUUGGGACAAAACACAUCUGUAAUAUUCAUAUUGGAAUAAAAUCUUUAUAUGUA